CAUGCCUCAACAACAAUUAGUCCCAUCAUAUCAAGGAGUAAUUAAUUCUGCUUCUGGAGGUAUAAUAGGAAAUAUUUCAAUGGUUCAAAUACCACAGGAAGGAACAAAUAUGUGGACGAGAUUUGAUCAGUCAAUAUUCGCUACAUAUUCUUUCUUGGGAAUUGGAUGGGGUGCUGUCGGGUCAUUUGACCCAACUUUUUCAUUAGCUGUUAUGGAAAUGCUCUUUAGUUUUAUUGCAGUAAUUAUGCUUCUAAAUCUACUUAUUGGUUUCAUGACUGAAUCUUUCAAAGAUUCAUUAAAUGAAGCCCGCCGAGCACACCUUCGUCAACGAGCACAAAUAAUAGCAGAAAUAGAACUAUUUCUAUUAGCCACUUCAUAUCGUUAUAAUUCUGAUUGGUUUCCACAUUUGAUAUAUUAUGAAGCUCACGCUGACUCAGUCUCCAGGUGGAGAC